AUGUUGCGUGUUGGAGGGUUGAACCUGCAGGGCGGUUUCUCUGAGACCUACGCAGCUCUGUGUGACUAUAAUGGCAUCGGCUGUAAGGAGGAAGUGCAGUGGGAUGUGGACACCAUCUAUCACUCUCAAGACAACAGGGAGUUCAACCUGUUGGACUUCAGCCACCUGGACAGCAGGGACCUGGCGGUGAUGGUUGCUUCCAUGGCGUACAACACUUGGUUCACCAAACUCUACUGCAAAGACAUGCGCAUUGGGUCAGAGGUGGUGGAGCAGGUCCUUCACACCGUCAGUAAGUCCAGCAGUCUGGAAGAACUCACUCUGGAGAACGCUGGCCUCAAAUCAGAUUUCCCUCAGAAAAUGGCGACAGCUCUGUCUGAAAACCCUGCCUCUGUGAUCCACUCACUCAACCUGGCCCACAACCCCCCUGGACAACCAAGGAGUGUCAAACCUCAUCCAACUGGUGUGUCGCCUCAACAAAGGCCUUCGUCUGCUCAACCUCUCCAAGACGUCCCUCUCCGUGUGGUGUCUCUCUCCCAGGCCCUCUGCUCCAGUGAUGACUACACCAACUCUCUGCUUCACCUGGACCUGAGUAAGAACCCUGGGAUUCUGUCUGGGGAGGAUGCUACGAACAUGUACCUGUUCCUAGCCCAGACUAAUUGCCUGGUUCAUUUGGACCUCUCUGGGACUGACUGCGCUGUGGACUUGCUAUUUGGCGCUCUGCUGAGGGGAUGUUGUGCUGAUCUCUCUUACCUGAAUCUCUCCAAGAACUGCUUCUCUCACAGGAAAGUGAGGGAGACUCUUCCUGUCUUCAGGCAGUUCUUCAGCUCAGCCUUCAGUCUCACACACGUCAACCUGUCUUCUAUGAAGCUUCCUCUGGACACCCUGAGAGCUCUCUUCCUGGGCCUGUCUUCCAAUCCUCACAUCACCGAUUUACACUUGGACAUCAGCGGCUGUGAGCUGAGGUCGGCAGGUGCCGGGGUGCUCCAGGAGCUGUUUCCUAGAGUGGCCUGCAUCGGAACUUUGGACAUAUCAGACAACGGGUUGGAUGGUGACCUGCUGGGUGUCAUCCCAGCCUUCUCCAGACACCCCUCCCUCAAACACCUGCUGCUGGGCAAGAACUUCAACAUCAAGGGCAGGGUACUACAUGAAAUUCUGCAGAAACUAGUUCAGCUAGUGCAAGAUGAAGAGUGUGCCCUGCAGUCCCUUUCUCUGGCUGACUCGCGCCUGCGCUCUCGGGGCACGGUGAUGGUGAAUGCUCUGGGAAGCAAUGCUUGCCUACGCAAGGUGGAUCUGAGUGGGAACAGCCUGGAGGAUGCGGGGGCUAAGAUGCUCAGCAAAGCCCUGCAAAUCAACACUACACUCAGGAGUGUGACGUGGGAUCGCAAUAACACCACGGCUACAGGAUUUCAAGAUGUGGCUCGGGGCCUGGAACAUAACUUCACCCUGCAGUACAUGCCUAUCCCCCUCAGUGAUGUCACACAGGCAUACCGAAGCGCACCUGAGAAGAUUGAACAAGCACUGACCAAGAUCCAGCAUGCUCUGCUGAGGAACAACCAGACCCAGAGGUUCUCUCAGAAACAGGCUCUGCGUCUACACCAGGGCCUGGUCACCAGCACUGCUGAACAGGUGAUGGAGCGGCUGUGUGUACGCGUACACCAGCAGGUGUGUGUUCUCCGAGGCUCAGAAGAAGGAAAGGAGCUGCAGGCUGCCAGACAGGUCCUGAAGGAGGCCAGAAACUCUCGUGCGCUAUACCCAUCUCUGUGUGAGCUGGUUCAUGUUCUCUCAGUGGAUGGGCCUGUCAGACAGAAACUGGACUUUCUGGCAGGAGAGCUGACCAAGGCUGCUGAUAAGGAACUACAGGUGAUAGUAGACUCCAUGGUGUCUCUGUGUCGGGAGUUGUGUCCCAUGUCCUCCUCUGCAGCAGAGAGACUCAACCCUCCGCUCUCAUCCAUCUCAGAACGCGUCUCUAUCCCUCGCUCCACCAUCCGCACCGCCCUGAUGGAGAGAGCAGCACAGGACAUCAACAGAGCCCUGGAGGAGGUGAAGCUGUCUGUGGUCUCCUAUCUGACCAACUCCAUAGUGGACCAGAUCCUUCAGGAGCUCUACACCACUCACAAAGCCCUGCUUCGUCAGGUGUCCCAGGUGAAGCGUUGGGAUGAUGGAGGAACAGGCAGACACACCAUCAGAAUCACAGACACACUGGACUUCCCUGAUGAGGAAGGCCUGGGCAUGAACAUCGACACCAUUGCCAUCCAGAAGCGCAGCGCCAGAACCCGAAGAAUUCGACCUGUAUCCACCAGACUGAGUCUGGGAGAUGAUCCCACCUCCUCUCCUCCUCCCUCGGCCCUGUCUCACUCUGCCCCCCUGUCCCGCUCAGCAUCAUGGGAGUGUCUAUCCUCAUUGCCUACCCAUGGUGCACCACUGCGCCACGUGACGCACGCCAGGCCGCGGCCCCCUCGAAGGCACAGCCGAGGACAAGUCCCUCUGGACACACACUGUUCAGAGAACGGAGGAGUCAACCUGCUGGAGGAUGGACUGCCUGAUUUCUACACCAAGAGAGUCCUGACUGACAGUCAGCUGUCAUCACUUCAUCAUGCUCAGUCCCUGAGGAGGAAGAAGAGACGCAGUGUGCUGUCAAUCUUCUCUGGGUUCCGCAAGAAUCGCAAUUCCACCAUCUCCAAUCAGGAAACGGAUGGCUCAGAGAAUGUGUACUCUAUGAUUCAGCACCCUAAGGAUCCUGGGAAGGUGGAGGCCAUGAUUGAGGUGGGGGCCAAUGGGAGGAUGAUGCCGUCCCCCAGGCCCAUCCAGGGUGUACCACUGCCUGGGAUGAGGGGGGCCAGCCCCCACUGUCUCACACAGAGACAGCCUUCAGACCUGGUCAGCAUGGUGUACAGUUGUAUCGGAGCAGAAGAUGAGGACUCCGACAGUAGCUUUGAGACCAGACCAGUGGACAGAGACACUGACAGAUCGACUACAUCAGACAUCCAGACAGAGACCCAUGCCAAUGGACAUGCAAUGUCCUCCGCUUCUCUGACAGACAGACAGCCUGACAGACAGCCUGACAGACAGACAGAUCCAGUCAGUCUGCCAAUGCCCAGCACUCAGACAUACACACAGAAGGAGGUGGACAGAGGGACAAAGGGGACAGAGUUGUUGGACAGGCAGGAGGGAGCCCCCUGUGGACAGAAAUCAGAACCCCCUUCUCAGAGCAGCAAGCCCAGUCUGGCCAGCAUGAGACAGAGACACCUGCAGGGGAGUUCCGAUAAAUCAACAGAUGGUGUAGGAUGGAUAGAUAGAGACGGGGUAGAAGAGGAGAAGAAUGAAAAGAAAGACAGAGAAGCAGAAGGACAGCGUCCUCCCAUUCCUGAAAAGCCUGGUAAAGAUAAGACUUCUCCAAAGACACUGUCUGCUGUCACUCCACCUGAGGAAACAGCCAAUGAGAGAACCCCGCCUCCUGUUCCAACUGCCUCUACCGAGCCCACUUUUGAUUUGUCUGGUCCUUCUGUCACUCAAGAUGGAGGAGCUAAUGAAAUGAAAAGCCUGCCUCCUGUGCCACCUGCGUCUACCAAGCCGGUGGUAGACGCAGGUCUACCACCUGCUGGUUGUCAAGGUCCUGAAUGUCCCGAGCCCGGCACCGACAAUGGUGAGACGUCAUGACAACAAACGUCAGGAGGCAAAGACAAUGUUCAGGACAGCUGUCGGGAGAUGUGAAGAGAGCGUGAGACGUGAAGAGAGCGCGAGACCGAUAGAUAGAAAAGGGAAGUUAUGAACUUGGUCACCAUAGACCCAACUGUGGUUAUCCUCAUAUACAGUAGUAAUUUCUCUCAUAUUGGCUAAACAUGCAUGAUUUUUUUCCCUUUCUCAUACUCAAUUGCACUUGCUUUCAUUCCUUUACAGAGGACACACACACAGGUGUCUGAGGGCCCUCUGGUAUUCUCAUGCUGGUAUUUCUUGCACUUCUUGUUGUACAAAAAUCUUUGAUCAUAUUUCUCAUUCUCCCUCGUCUUUCUUUCAUUGACAAUUUGUGACACUGCUACUGUAAGAAUGAGUUGGUAUUUAUUCUAAACCAGUAUUAUGUCAAUAUUGAAUAUAAGUUUUUUUUUAAACCGCACUAACCAUUGUUAUUAAUAAGUCAUUACAUGGUAACAGGUAACUUCUUGUUUUUAUUUACAAUAAGGUUAUAAUGAAUAUUAUUGGAUGUUUUAAGGAUGUUUUUCCUAUGGCGUAUGAUAAGUGAAGAUUGAGACGAUGACGUGUAUUGUUUAUCAUUAUUACAGUAAUCUAUUAGUUGAUCAAUGGAACAUAAUUGCAGUUAGUUUAAAUCUGUUUUAAAUACAUUUUACAGGACUGAAAUUAGUAUAUUUUCAAAAAAUCCAUAUAUGAUUAAUCAAUCAAUAAAAAAUGAUUUUACCAAAGGAACCAAACUGAUGAUGCACUCUCUCGUGGGGACAAAAAACACCACAACCUGACUUCUGCAUCGGGAACUCUUAUAUAUUUUUUGGGUGUGUGAGAUCUGGCCCACUAGAAAAAUUGCAUCCAUGGGUUUUUGAGCAGUGCUAUGUAGUGCCAGCAGAGGAGGCCAAAUACUUUGAGCUGAGUGAUGAAACCAUUACUUGGAUGAAACAAGUUAGUCAGUUUAGACAAGUAGCCCAAUUCUGAUUAUUUUUUUUUACACUAAUUGGUCUUCUGACCAAUCACAUCAGAUAUUUUUCAGAGCUGAUGUGAUUGGUCAAGAGACCAAUUAGUGAAAAAAUAACAGAAUUGUGUUAAAGCAGCCGACCUGCCCUUCUACACUACAGCCAUUGGGCAUCCAGCGUUGCAGCCAGACAUAAGCCGUUGAGGGGAUGCUUCCUUUGAAAUCAAUAAAAGCUGCUAUGCUUCCCGUGUAGCACUCGCGUCCAAGCUCAAGAAUCACAGAGGUUCAAUUUGACUGCUGAUACUUAUGUUCAUUAUAUCUUGUGAAUUGUAAAUAAUGAGAAAUAAAGUUGAUUUUGGUUGCAAAUGG